AGUAUCGCUAGUGUAAUUACGCGGUGACGGGUUACCCAUACAGUCCGACCGUCGACCAGGCCUCGUCAAGCCUCUCAGUGAAGCAACCUAUGGCGCUAUGGUGUCAGGCCCGGAUGUUGUCAUUGCCCCGCCGACGUCUAGGAGUUGUUGUGGAACCCAGGGUUUCGCCUCUAGACUGGCUUCGUGACCCUGCGGGUCACUCUUGGUCGUAUUGUCGUGCUUUGUGGACGAGCAUGCUGCUCUCAUAUAGGCGCGGCGCUGGCCUGCACCAGCGCCUCGCGCCUGACCCUAUAGCUUACUACUUAGCCGCCCGGCGCCCCGCGGGCGUCGGCAGUGCACGGCUAGAGCAAGUGGGGGCUGAUGGAGGACACCACCGCCGCUCGAGCAUCUUGGAUUGCGCCCAUUACAGCAUACCCUGGGUACGGUUUGCUGGUCAGCCGGACCUAGCCUACACGUUGGCCUGCAGCUGGCGAGGUAGUAGGGAUGGGCCCCUGGCGGCCCAGAGCAGCCGCGACGCACGGGAGCACGGGGAUGCCGGGGAGUCCCAAGUGCUUUUGGCUGCAGCUGCCUUUCUUGGCCCGGCACGCAGUGCUGUUUGGAUCUUCUUGGAUGGCCCCCAACCCGGCACCUGGCACAAAAGGGCAAGCUUUCCUCUGUUAAUGACGAGUGUGUACUCUGUUGUACCUGUUUCCUUUACUAGCCAUGGCCGAUUGGGCCUUCCUGGGUGACCCAAACGCACUAGCACAGCAGUACGAGGCCUCAAUUGUGCCACGUCUGCGGGACUCGGGAUUGGUCUGGACUAAGAACUGUGGUGUGCACUUGGGUCCGCAGUGCAAGAACCCAGUGGCCAGGCGCAUUCUGUUGGAGGAGGUGGGCCUAGCAGAGUACUACUUUGUAGAGAAGAUGCUGCCGGACCCACAGAUCCAUGUCCAGGCCACUGAACCUGGCUAUCGUGGAGUCCUCAUCAUGGAGUCCAAGAACGACAACACCAAGCGCAGCGAGUGCUUCCUGCACCGGGCCAAGGGCAUCAUCCCGGGACCGUGCAAGUGCAGCCGGGUGCAGUGCAAGCGGUAGUGUGCUACUGCAUUUUGUAACGGUAUCAGAGGAAAGCUUGCCCUUUUGUGCCAGGUGCCGGGUUGGGGGCCAUCCAAGAAGAUCCAAACAGCACUGCGUGCCCGGCCAAGAAAGGCAAAAGCACUUGGGACUCCCCGGCAUCCCCGUGGCCACGAUAACCAGAUCCGCAGGCGGGCGCGUCAAUGAGCAAAUUCACGUGGUGGCGCAAGGACAUGAGACUGUGGCGCUCACGGCUGCGGAGGCCGCGGUGGCCGCGGUAAGACGGGGCGAGGACCUGGCAACGGCCAAAGCCUAACCUCCUG